GCGUAUGAGAGCAUCCUGAAAAACUGCCACUGUCGUACAACCAGGAAGAAGGUGGGAUAGCAUUAACAAAGCUAACAUCCCAAAUCUGCAAACUUUCCCAGAAAAUGAUGGGGUCUUCCAGGUGGAAGAUUGCAGUGGUGGUCUUUCUCUCGGUUGCCGAGAUAUUAAUGCCGAUCGAGGCAGAUGAACACGAACACACGUACACAGAUAAAGAGGAGGUGGUUUUAUGGAUGAAUACAGUGGGGCCUUACCACAACAGACAAGAAACGUACAAGUACUUCUCCCUGCCCUUCUGCGUGGGCACCAAAAAGACCAUUAGCCACUACCAUGAGACAUUAGGAGAGGCUCUGCAAGGAGUCGAGCUGGAGUUCAGCGGCCUAGACAUUAAGUUCAAAGAUGAAGUCAUGCAAACAACAUACUGUGAAAUCGAGCUGGACAAAGCCAAACGGGAUGCCUUUGUAUAUGCCAUUAAGAACCACUAUUGGUACCAAAUGUACAUUGAUGACCUACCUAUCUGGGGAAUUGUUGGCGAGGCAGAUGAAAACGGAGAGGAUCAUUAUCUGUGGACUUACAAGAAAUUGGAGAUUGGCUUCAAUGGCAACCGAAUUGUUGAUGUCAACCUGACGAGUGAAGGCAAAGUCAAGCUUGUGCCCAACACACGAAUUGCAAUGUCGUACUCGGUAAAGUGGAAGAAGUCCGAUGUGAAGUUUGAAGACCGAUUUGACAAGUAUCUCGAUCCAUCUUUUUUCCAACACAGAAUUCACUGGUUUUCCAUCUUCAAUUCCUUCAUGAUGGUUAUCUUCUUGGUUGGCCUGGUGUCCAUGAUCCUGAUGAGAACGCUAAGGAAGGACUAUGCUAGAUACAGCAAAGAGGAGGAAAUGGAUGACAUGGACAGGGACCUGGGGGAUGAGUAUGGGUGGAAGCAGGUCCAUGGAGACGUGUUCCGGCCAUCCAGCCACCCAAUGAUCUUCUCCUCUCUUAUUGGCUCUGGAUGCCAGAUCUUCUCGGUCUCGUUCAUCGUCAUCGUCGUGGCCAUGAUUGAGGAUCUGUACACCGAGAGAGGAUCCAUGCUGAGCACAGCCAUCUUUGUGUAUGCUGCCACCUCCCCUGUCAAUGGCUAUUUUGGUGGAAGUUUGUAUGCAAAACAAGGAGGCAGACGAUGGAUUAAACAGAUGUUUAUCGGGGCCUUCCUGAUCCCUGGCAUGGUGUGUGGGACAGCCUUCUUCAUCAACUUCAUCGCCAUGUACUACCAUGCCUCCCGAGCCAUCCCUUUUGGCACAAUGGUGGCUGUUUGCAGCAUUUGUUUGUUUGUUAUCCUGCCACUCAACCUUGUGGGGACCAUUCUGGGAAGAAACCUCUCUGGCCAGCCCAACUUUCCGUGUCGAGUCAAUGCAGUGCCGCGGCCAAUCCCUGAGAAGAAAUGGUUCAUGGAGCCAGCUGUCAUUGUCUGUCUGGGAGGCAUCCUUCCAUUCGGUUCCAUUUUCAUUGAAAUGUACUUCAUUUUCACUUCAUUUUGGGCCUACAAGAUCUACUACGUGUACGGGUUCAUGAUGCUGGUCCUGGUUAUCCUCUGCAUUGUCACUGUGUGUGUCACCAUUGUCUGUACUUACUUCCUCCUCAAUGCUGAGGACUACAGAUGGCAAUGGACAAGCUUUCUCUCUGCUGCAUCCACUGCAGUUUAUGUUUACAUGUACUCCUUUUACUACUAUUUCUUCAAAACAAAGAUGUAUGGUCUGUUCCAGACGUCCUUUUACUUUGGCUACAUGGCAGUAUUCAGUACGUCUCUCGGAAUCAUGUGUGGAGCCGUUGGGUAUGUGGGAACAAGUGCCUUCGUGAGGAAGAUCUAUACAAAUGUGAAAAUUGACUAGGACAGUCGCAAGCAACAAGGGAUCCAAGGAUCAACUGAAGCUCUCCCCAACAGAAGCGGGCACAAGUCGUUUCUUUUGCAAAAAGAGAUUGUGGCAUCUCAAUUUGUGCAAAUGUAGUUUUUUUCCCUUUUCUGAAUUAAUUUCAAUGUUGCAAAAGAGUGUACUAGAGCAAAAAGCUGCAGGAAAAAGAAAACAUUAACAUCGGUUCUGUUUUUAUCAAUUGCUUUCAAUCAAUGUUCUGAAGCAGAUGUUCUUCAAAACGUAACAUGGCUUCCCCUUUCCAAUCCAGUCCCACCCGCCACCAGAGAACAUAAAGAUCUUUAUUGAUGGAAUAGUCUAGCUCUCUUCAGUGAAGAGGCCAUUAUUGAAAGCCUUUGUUCUAUUGUAUUAGAAUAUUGAAGAGUUGGGUUUGUUCAUGCUCUGACCUGAUUCUAUUUUGUAUUCUGGAUGAAAUAUUUUAUUCUGGCUUCUACAUUCAAUAGCUGGAUGUUAUUCUAACUUAUCUGAGUUGGAGCCAUUCCCAUAUUUGGACAAUUCUCCAAUUUCCAAAUGCAGUAGUUUACAACCAGCCACCCAAGAAAUUUGUUUGCUGUACAUAUGGAAAAAAAACAUUCAAGGAAGGUGUGAUCAACAGUUUGUUUUGAGUUACAUUAUAAAUGACAUAUUGUUUUAAAUGGAUGUUUGAUGUGAUCCAAUUUCCUGUUUAGGCUUUGUUUUCUUAAUGGUAGGGUUUGAAUGAAGACUUCUUGUGAAAGAUAAUAUGGAUAGGGGGAAAAGUGUAUAUAACCUUAAUGUAACUUUAGAUGUAGAUCCCAAAUGUAUUUUGGUUGUACAGAUUUACUACAGUUUUUUUUUUUUUUUUUUUUUUUUUUUUUUUUUUACAAAUGAUUCAGUUAUAAGCAAAAAUAUAUUUCGUUUGGUGCUUGGGGUGGCGCUGUUACAUCUUGCCUGAAAUUGCAUGACGUUUCCAUCAAACCAUAUGCUCAUCAAAUUCAGCUUUUUUUGGCAGUUUCUCACUUUCCCUGGUUGUAGCAAUAAUAAAUAAAAAAAAGUUGGUUGUUGACUUUGUGCUGGCUGCUUGCAGAAAGGGAUGACAUUGACAAACUGACACUUUAUUUGGUUUUGUGGGUUAUUUAAAGCUUUAAAGGGCUCUGUUCAGACAUGUCCCUCACGCUAUCUUUGGUUUUCAUAACAUUGAAUGUCAGAUGAAAUGAGGCGAUUGUGCCAAGUUGCCGCAAACGUACUGUACAAAGUGAAAUACACUUAGCUACGUGCUGCGGAGUAUUUAAUGCUCCCCCCAUUUGUAAAUACAGUAUGUGUAUGAGAAGUUGCAAUGCAUUUUUCAAAUUUUACAUCCACUGAAGUUGAUUUCUGGCACCUGAUGUGUACCAUAUGUCAAGACAUUUUAAACCUGCAUAUUAACUUGCUGUAAAAAAAAAAAAUGUACAGAGCUUAUAUAGGCAUGGUUUGUAAAUGAAGGUCAAGUUGUCUGGCUUUUAAAUCUGGUAACUGCUUUUUUUUUCAACUAUCAAGACACGGUAGCAACGGUCUCUGUUAACACUGUUUGGGGAAAAUACAAUCUAUGUAUGAUCAGUUUAA